GUCUUGCUACGCCGGUGACCGCGACCAGACCGCGAUACGUGAAUACUGCGACCGUAUACCCUGUACUUUUAGUCUCUUGAGGGCUGUUUCCUUCAGUUCUGGCGUAGGAGGUCCCGUAUCUGAUUCUAAAAGGGCUCCAGCAGCCGUCUGAUUUACAGUAGUCCACGCUUCGACGCGUUCUAAUAUUCAUGAACAAAAAUCCUUUUAUUCCACAGCCAUCGUACACGCCCCAGCAACCUCCGUUACCCCCCGGACCACCACCACCUCAGCCAGCAGCACAAGCCGACUAUUCUGGCUACUGGGCGGCUGCUUCCGCCCAAGCACAACAGCAACAUGGCCAGGCAGCUGCAGCUCAGUACAACCCCCAAUGGCCGGCCGCUCAACCACCGCGUCCACCUGCAGAGCAGAGCGCCCUUUACGCGAAUUAUGGCUACGGACCUCAACAAAACCACUGGCAAAGACAGCAUCAACAGCAACAGCAACAGCAACAGCAACAACAGUUUCACCAUCCACCACCUCCCCCAGUAGCCCAGCCCCCUCCUCCGCCGCCCGGAUAUAACCCAUAUCAACCGGCGGUUGGUUACACACCUUACCUUCCUCAGGUUACACCUAUGGCUCAGGCAUAUCCUAUGCAGCAGCCCCAGCAGCCCGGACAGCAAAUGUUUCCUUUGCAGAUUCCCCAGCAACAAAAUCGUAACGUUCACCAUCCAUCUCCACAACAUCUCCCUCCGGCCAAGCGCCAGCGUUUCGACGGUCCCAGCCAAAUCCAACAGCAACAGCAACAUCGACCCCAACCUCCACCACCUCCACCACAGUUCCAGCCGCCACCUGCUCCUAGUCAAGGCAUGUCGAUAGGAUACAAUCAGGCUGCUAUCGGAGGCCGCGGUGGUGGGCCCAUGAGCGGCAAUUCUAUGACAAUGGGUCGCGGCGGGGGUAGCUCAAACAGAGGUGGAGGAUCCAGUGCUGGUAGAGGUAGAGGGCAACCCGGAGGAAAUCGAGGAGGAAUGGGGGGGCGGGGACGAAAUGGAAGUGGAUAUAUUGGCGGCGGAAGCGGAAGGGGUUCCUUGAGGGGUCAUGGAUCAAGAGGGAAUUUUGGCGGUGGUAACAACCGCAGGGGCGGCGGGUCCUUCAAUCUGGGCUCGGGAAACUAUUCACACCAGCCGUCUAACUUUAGAAGCCGUGGGCAAGGGCAUUCAAACAGAGGUAGUCGUCAUGAUGGCACUUUUGGGACCAGAGAGGGUUCCAUGUCUUCAAGUUUUGGGAGUAUUGGUAAAAAAGAUGAAAACAAACGGACGCUCACGGAUUUCAGGAUUAUCGGCCUAGAGAUUCAAGAGUUGUCGUGGGCUUGGGGUAUAAUGCCUUCUUCGUUAGCUGCGAAAGUAGAGCCAGCGAAACCCGAUAUUGAGGACGAACUUCUGGCUGAGGAUCCUGUCGGCGUAGAGGCAAACGCGCCAGUAGCAGAGGGUGCCCCUGUAAAACCUCUUGAGGGUGAACCGACAUCGGGGGGAGAUCGCGAGAAAAAUUCUAACGAUACAUCCGAUCCCAAUCUCCCUGUGGUGAAAGAUGAGGACGAAUCAGUCACCCAUACACGUGCUCCUGAGCCUAUUGAUACACCUCCUUCCAGAAUUCGGAUCUAUUUCCACACGCCUGUUACUGCAGAAGAUGCUCAGCCUAUCCCCCACAGUUCUACCACUAAUGCUGCGCCUUCCGAUUCGAGGAAAGGCAAAAGGAAGAAGUUGGAGGAUGAUGACAUAGAUCUAGAGGAAGGCAGAACGCAGCCACCACCUCCACACAUGAGCGAUGAUAGAUCAAGUGUUGCAAGUGUGGCAGAGACGGCAAGUGAAACUGACUGGCUUAUGGCUGCCAUUGUUGAAGGUGAGGAUGCGGAACAUGACGGAGAUGAGGAAGAGGUUGGCGCUCAGCUCCAUGUGAGCGAAAAUGCUGAAUUUCUCGACGACGACGUUGUCAUUGAUACUGGCAAUUCCGAUACUCAUGGCAUUUUUGAUAUUGAUAUGGCAGGUGUUGAUAAGAUGCAUGCUGAGGCUGGGACUGGGAGUCAUAACGACGAUCCCAAUGAUGAAGCAGAGCGUACUGCUUCAGAGCAUCUCAAUGGUCACAAGUCUCCCGUCUCUGCUCCUGUCGAGCAAGAGGAUGGGCGAAAUGGUGUGAAUGGCUUGUCGAUGAGCACUAAGAAUACUGGCGCUGAAGUGUUGCCUUCUGAUGAUGAGGGCAAGCCUUCCGAUGCCUCUGAUGUUGUCGCGCUGCCUGAGGCUCCUGUCUUAUGCUCUCUUUCAUCAUCAGACGAUGCUGCUUCGUCUGUUAACGUUGAGACGCAGACUGCUGAUCAUGUUGGAUGUGCUGAAACGCAGGUCUCCGAGCCGUCGCAAGCCACCCCGGACAAAGAAGAAUCGCAAACUGCCCCGCUGACCAGGACUACAACAUUGUUGGAAAUUGACUCCCAACCACCUGGAUUGAACUCUUCUACAGCAUCUUUGGCGGAUGGAAAUGGAGAUCCUAUGCAGAUGCAGACUACCGAUGCUCAUCUGGACCAUCUGCCAGAACCUCCUGCUUCACCCUUGUCCAAUGUGCAAUCAGCUUCUACUUCAACAGCGUCUGCUCACGGUGAUACUAGCACUCAAUUGAUGCAAGCCAAAUCUGCGAGGACACCCUCUGCUAAUCGUCUAUCCAUAUCGUAUGCAAAUGGUGGAAGACGUCUUAUCAUUGAUGCAGAAGUCGUGGACUCGGUGAAGGUCUAUCGUGCUGAGGGGCGCAUUGAGGUACGCAUAUCUGUAAGCAUGGAUGGUGAAAAGGAUUUGAAAGGCGUUAUUCUUGAAGGUCUUUCAGAUACUACACAUUCUUAUGUGCCUCUUCUCUCCUCUGUUGAAGCCGUGGAGUCCGACCUAACGUUGCCUCCAUUUAUUAAAUCCGAGUUGCCUACCAAUGUUACGCUGGUUGCAUACCUCGAUAUCACGAGACCUCUUUCUGAGCCGAAAUGGGUGAAGACGGGAGAUAUACAAGACUGGCUGAGAAGUAUGUUUGGACGAAUGUUCUGGGUAGCAGGAGAUGCGGCGGAAGGCUGGGAGAAAAAGAUCGCCAUUGUCGAUCCUGAUCCUCCUCCGACCAUCCGCAAUGUACUCGAUGGAUGGGCGGUAAAUUCUCCUGUUGGCGCACAAAAUGAACGAGAACGUUUCGUGAAGACGCACAUGACUGAAAUGGACAAUCUGUUGGAGAUCCUUUUGCGUCUCGUGCGAGGAGAACGAGCUACUCCGUUCCUUUCUGGGCCUACUAUAUCUACGCCUAGUAUCGUCGGGCCUCUGUUAUCGGCGCUCUCGCCUGACUCUGUCCAUGGCGGACAACAAACACAUGUUUCACUGGCAGUGUUAGCUAUCUUUCGCCUGGCGACAGAAUACGCCCAGAAGGCGGUCGGAGAGACGGGAAAAAGUGAUGUUGAUGGCCGGGUGGGGGAGAUAAUACGUUGCUUGCCUUCGCAUCUGAUAUACAAAAGUCUGGAUGGGAUAUUCAAGGAGUGGAGGGUUGAGAAGAAGGGUCACUGAAGUCUGGAUAUAUAUUGUACCUUAUUAUUCUUGGGCGCUUGUUCCUCCUUUCCUGGUGUUGUCAAUCCAGAAUGCUUUUCUUUGGCGUCGAACUUGGUCUGGUUACUCGAUCUAGGCUACAGGCCUCCUCAUCCGGGUACGCGUGUCGUCACGGUUAUUAUCCACUUGUCAAGGAAAUUCUGAGUUUACAGGAUCCCAGAAAUUUUUACAUGACAUCCCCCAACCCUGUGUACUAUAGCAG